AAGCCUGAAAGAUUAAUUUUCAAUUUUCAAUAGAACCCAAUGUAAAUACGAAUUUCUUUUCUGAUACCAUUUCUAGACUGAACUUCAUAGCUCUGCAGUCCGCCUUCUCCAUAGUCUCAUCGAAGAAGAUAGCCAUGGAUCCUUCAGAACUUAGGUAUUUGGAGGAUGAGGAUACUCCAACAAUGAAAACAAUCAAGGGUGCCACCACAGGUUUGGUUGCUGGAACUAUUUGGGGGACCAUUGUUGCCACUUGGUAUGAUGUUCCUCGUGUAGAGAGAAGCAUUGCCCUUCCAGGGCUGAUUAGGACACUCAAGAUGAUGGGAAAUUAUGGAAUGACUUUUGCUGCUAUUGGAGGAGUCUACAUUGGUGUUGAGCAGCUGCUGCAGAAUUACAGGAUGAAAAGAGAUUUUAUUAAUGGUGCUGUUGGUGGUUUUGUAGCUGGAGCUACCAUUCUUGGCUACAAAGGAAGAAGCAUCUCGACAGCUAUUUCUGCUGGAACGGCAUUAGCGGUCACGUCAGCAGCUAUUGAUGCUGGAGGUCAAACAACAAGAACAGACGUAGGAAAAGAGUACUACCCGUACACCACUAAGAAAAGAUCUGCUCCUGAGUCAUAAUUCUGUCAUGCUGCUGUUGGGAAGGAAGACACUCCCAACUUUAAUUAGUGAGAAAGGGUCAAGGCUGCUGUUCUGAGUUGGCUAUAUGUGUUUGUUUUUGGAGAUGUGAUCAUACUCUUGGUUCUCUUUUGCCAUUCGACUUUUAGAGCAAGAAUGCAUGAUUUGAAUAAAUAUGCUUUGUAAUUCUCAAAGUCAUGUUAGAUGUUAUUUCUGAAUCAAUUACUACUUUUUGCAAUUAUAUGUAUAUGAACUUAAGAGAAAAUCAUGUUU